GUCGGCGGCGCGGCUGCGCUGGAAGAACUGUGCGGCUGUGUUUGCCGCGAGCAGGCCACACAGCUUCUAGCUGCCGGCUCUUCGCUCGGUGCUGGCGGCGGGGGGGCCGCAGUCCCGGCUCUCGCGGUGCCUAGGCCAGCGGCGGAGCGGGUCCCAGGAGAGAGGGACUCAGCUACAUCCAGAUCUCAUUAUGCAUCAGAAAAAUGAAAAAACAGAGGAAAAGUCUAUGGAGGAAAGGAAUUCACUUUGCUUUUUCUGAAAAAUGGAAUACGGGGUUUGUAGGCUUUAAGAAAUUCUAUUUUCACCAACACUUGUGCAUUCUGAAAGCUAAGUUAGGAAGGCCAGUCACUUGGAACAGACAGCUAGGGUAUUUCCAGUAUAGAAAGAAGUCUCUUGAAAUCCAGAAAACAUGGCUGCAAGAUGAAGCCUUGUGUGCCAAGACCACGCCCAGUGUGGCUGCUCCAAAUGCUAGCACUCUGCCCUCUAAAGUGGAAAGAGAGAAAACUAAGCACUUCGUUUCUUCCUCAAGGGGCCUCCUGAGACUCCAUGCAGAGAAGUUGCCGACCUCAGUGAGGAACUCAGACCAAGAAUCCUGUGGAAAGAAGAAUCUCUUGAAGGCAGUUGCUGGCUUGCCAGCACGUGGGGUUGUGGGUCAGGCCAACGGUCGCAGGCCCAGACCUAGGACAGCACCACAUGACUUUCCCAUGACGUUCAGUGGAGAGAGCCAGAGUCCAGGAGAGAGCAGCAAGAUUGUGGUCACUUUGAGCAACCAUAAAAGAAAACGCUUUUGUUAUGGCUGCUACCAAGGGCUGGAGCGCCACAGGAAUGCAGGACUCUUGAUUCCUAGAAAGGUCCAACUUAACCAGCAUCGAAGGAUCAAAGUGUCUCCUCUUAUGAUGUAUGAGAAAUUAUCCAUGAUAAGAUUUCAGUAUAGAAUUCUCAGAUCGCAGCACUUCAGAACAAAAAGCAAAGUCUGUAAGCUAAGAAAAGCCCAGCGAAGCUGGGUACAGAAGGUCACUGGAGACCAUCAAGAGACCCUUAGGGAUAACGUGGAGGGUGGCAGUUGCAGCCCCUUCCCUCCUGCAGAAGCUAGUAGAGACUCUUCUUGCCAGCAUCAGCUGCACAUUCCAGAUAUGGACAGCAAUGUGCUGGCAAAGGGAAAGAACUCUCCUGUGUCCGAGGGCUGCGCUAAAGGGAGGCUUUACAUGGGCAAGGAGCCUGGUAUAGAUGACACAUUCCCUGCCCGGCAGAAUGGUGGUGCCACUGAUGCCUGGGACCAGAUGCCUUGCUCCCCUCAGUGGGCGAGUGCAGAGCUGACUGGUGAGCACCCCUUAUCAGAACAUGAUCUAAAUAACAUGUUCCCCUCAGGAACAGAGAGAGACGCUAUGGCUCUGAGUCGGGAGAAUGGGACGGGUACUGUGGGUGACAGCAAGGUAGAGCUGCUGGCGCCUGGAGCCGAGGAAUCCGGGAGUGGUGUGGGUGGGCCUGUGUCCCACCAGACUGCGGAGCAGGAGAGCUGCCAGAUGGAGGAGGAAGGCAUGCUCAAGCAGAACAUUCUCAGCUCCAAGCUGCUGGACCACCCAUAUUGUAAGAGUCCACUCGAAGCACCUCUGGUGUGCAGUGAACUCAAGCUAGAGAGUCCCUUGCAAAGCGGCAAGAACAGUCAGAAGGCAUCACCUGUAGAUGAUGAGCAGCUGUCCAACUGCCUUUCUGGAUUCCUAGAUGAGGUUAUGAAAAAGUAUGGCAGUUUGGUCCCACUCAGUGAAAAAGAUGUUCUUGCAAGAUUAAAAGAUGUCUUUAAUGAAGACUUUUCUAAUAGAAAACCAUUUAUAAAUAGGGAAAUAACAAACUAUCGGGCUAGACAUCAAAAAUGCAACUUCCGCAUCUUCUACAAUAAGCACAUGCUAGAUAUGGAUGAUCUGGCCACUCUGGAUGGUCAGAACUGGCUGAAUGACCAGGUCAUUAAUAUGUACGGCGAGCUGAUAAUGGAUGCAGUCCCAGAUAAAGUACACUUCUUCAACAGCUUUUUUCAUAGACAGCUGGUAACCAAAGGAUAUAAUGGAGUUAAGAGAUGGACUAAAAAGGUGGAUUUGUUUAAAAAGAGCCUUCUAUUGAUUCCUAUUCACCUGGAAGUCCACUGGUCUCUCAUUACAGUGACACUCUCUAAUCGAAUUAUUUCAUUUUAUGAUUCACAAGGCAUUCAUUUUAAGUUUUGUGUAGAGAAUAUAAGAAAGUAUUUGCUGACUGAAGCUAGAGAAAAAAACAGACCUGAAUUUCUUCAGGGUUGGCAGACUGCUGUUACGAAGAAUUUGCAAUGUAUGAAUUGUUUGCUGGAUUCAAGAAGACAUUACUGCAAGUGCCUCGCCUUGGAGCAGCCUUUCCAGUUUUCGCAAGAAGACAUGCCACGCGUACGCAAGCGGAUCUACAAGGAGCUGUGUGAGUGCCGGCUCCUAGACUGAGGUCAGCGAGGACACACAAAGCCUGAUCGUGUUGGAGCAGAUGGUUUGUUACUUGAAUCUCCACUUACUUGGAUUUUUACAGAUAUUUCAGAUCAGUGGUAUUGGGCCACUAUUGUUACCUCAAAUUUAUUUUGCCCUUAUUAAUUUCUCCAGCUACCAUGUAUUUUUUAAUGUUCAUUUUGGUCUCAUUUUUAAUUUUGUGGAUUCCGUGUGUUCCUCCCAUAUUUAAUAUUUAUUAUCCAAGCGCAUGCGUAUAGACAGAGCAUGCAGUGAAGAGUAUUAUUAAAAAAAAAAAAGCCUAGUAGAUUUGGUGCAACUUUUGAAACUUAGUUAGACGUGAACUGAAUACAGGUUUAACUUUUAAUUCCAGACUCUAAAGAUGCAAGUUGUUUUUGAUACAGCAUAACUCAGAGUAGCAGGUGCUUCUUGGGCCCUAAAGAGUAGUGAGAAGUGGGCCACAGAGCCAGCAGUUAAUCUGCCAUCAGAACCGUGGGCUGCUUCCCUCUGGGACGCGGAGGUGGCUGGCUGGUUGCCUGUGGGGGGCUCUUGGCAGCACAGCGCCUCCUUUGGGGUGAGUCAGAGUAUGAGUAGAAAACAACAUCCUAGGUGCCAGUUAUCUUAAUGAAUGAGCUUUUAGUCUUGGUCUUGGGAAUUACAGUCCAUGGCCUGAAGCUCAUAAAGGCCUUUGCUGAGACAUUGAAUUCCCUGGAUUUUUGUUUUUGACUUGUGGAAAAAUGUAGCAGGUAUCACACUAGUGGUCAAACACAUGAGAACUCAGCCUUUCUAGAAAUAAUUUGAAAGUUGUUGCUUCACUUAUGUGGCCUUUCAUGUGGAAGAAAUUAAAAUUUACCAACGAUGUUUGUGCCUCUGAAACACAAAAUUCAGAAUUGUAGUUUGAGCAUGUCUUUUGUAGGGACACAGAGAGAAAGGGAGGUAAUGGGCAGUCUGGAUUCCUGGGAGAUGUCUUAGAAGUGUCCCCCUCCUCUCUCUAGUGACCUCAGUGAUGUCCAGGGCUUAUGUGGCUUGUGCCCACUGAGUCCUGACACUCACACAGGAGUUGCUUCUUCUUUUCUCAUGAAAUUUGUCUUCUGCACAAGCCACAGAGUGACCCAUCCUUGUAUUUAGCUGCAUUAGGAUGAAAGCGACGGGUCUUCCCCUGUAAUCCAGCCUUCUAUGACUUCUUUUGAGACAGGGCCUUGCUGUGUAGUUCAGGCUUGAACUUGUGAUCAUCCUGCC